AUGCACGCGUCACACCCCACGCCACCACCUAAAGCAUGCAUGGCGCUGGGCAAAGAAGAGCCCGAGCUGCUGCAGCAGGUUUUGAAAAGGGAAUCGAUCGUGAUUUGGAACCUAGAUCCUGAGGAAAAGAAUUGGGUUUCCACCGAGCUGAAACAAUAUGCGGAUGGUUCUAGUAAACCAAAACUAUCGGAUGGUACUAUCCGAGGUAUUUCUGUAAGUCCUCAAAAUGGGAUGACGGAAAAACUUUUUGUCCAAACAUUAAUUGGUCGUGUAUUAGCAGACGAUAUAUAUAUCGGUUCACGAUGCAUUGCCGCGCGAAAUCAAGAUAUUGGAAUUGGAUUAGUCAAUCGAUUCAUAACUGCCUUUCGAGCACAACCAUUUCGAGCACAACCAAUAUAUAUUAGAACCCCCUUUACUUGCCGAAGCACUUCUUGGAUCUGUCAAUUAUGCUAUGGCCGGAGUCCUACUCAUAGUGAUCUGGUCGAAUUGGGAGAAGCCAUAGGUAUUAUUGCAGGUCAAUCAAUUGGGGAGCCAGGGACUCAACUCACAUUAAGAACUUUUCAUACUGGCGGAGUAUUCACAGGGGGUACUGCCGACCUUGUACGAUCCCCUUCGAAUGGAAAAAUAAAAUUCAAUGAGAAUUUGGUUCACCCCACAUGUACCCGUCAUGGGCAGCCUGCUUUUCUAUGUUAUAUAGACUUGCAUGUAACUAUUCAGAGUCAAGAUAUUCUAUAUAGUGUGAAUAUUCCCUCAAAAAGCUUGAUUCUAGUGCAAAAUGAUCAAUAUGUAAAAUCCGAACAAGUAAUUCCGGAGAUUCGUGCCGGAACGUCCACUUUACAUUUUAAAGAAAGGGUACAAAAGCAUAUUUAUUCUGAAUCAGACGACGAAAUGCACUGGAGUACUGAUGUUUACCAUGCGCCCGAAUAUCAAUAUGGUAAUCUUCGCCGAUUACCAAAAACAAGCCAUUUAUGGAUAUUGUCAGUAAGUAUGUGCAGAUCCAGUAUAGCGUCUUUUUCACUCCACAAGGAUCAAGAUCAAAUGAAUACUUAUGGUAAAAAAGAUAGGGAAAUUCUUGAUUAUUCAACGUCGGAUCGAAUCAUGUCCAAUGGCCAUUGGAAUUUUAUCUAUCCUUCUAUUUUUCAAGAUAAUUCAGAUUUGUUGGCGAAAAAGCGAAGAAAUAGGUUCGUCAUUCCAUUACAAUAUCAUCAAGAACAAGAGAAAGAACUAAUAUCCUGUUUUGGGAUUUCAAUUGAAAUCCCCCUUAUGGGUGUUUUACGUAGAAAUACUAUUUUUGCUUAUUUUGACGAUCCCCGAUACAGAAAAGAUAAAAAGGGUUCAGGAAUUGUUAAAUUUAGAUAUAGGACCCUAGAAGAAGAAUAUAGGACUCGAGCGGAAGACUCAGAAGAGGAAUAUGAGACCCUAGAAGACGAAUACAGGACCCGAGAGGACGAAUAUGAAUAUGAAACCCUAGAAGAAUCUAAAUAUGGAAUCCUAUAAGACGAAUACAAAUAU